AAGCAGUACAUGAGUUCUGCACUACAGACUGUUACUGCAGAGAAGGACCUACAGCUAUAGAUGUCACCCUAGGUCAUAAUUCAAGCUUGCUUAGCUUUCCUAUAGGAGACAUCACCAUCUGUAUCACUUCAUUAAUAUUGUGUGAAAUUGGACCUUAUUUCUGAAUUAACAUCUGAUUGUAGCUGUCAAGAGUGAUAUGACUGGUUGUGUUCAGCAUUACAGAUUUUUCAGGGUCAUCGAAUGUAUACCAAGACCUACAUGGCAACAUUCAGCAUAUGUCAUUCAAGUUCCAGGAUUUGGGCUACUUAAGAUUACCAUUUGCUACUACUAUGUAUUGGAAGAAGCUUACACAGUGCCAGCACACACUGAAGACACCUCAAGGUUUGAUCAAACCUUUUAUUAUCUGAAGAAUAUAAACAAAAUGAAGAGACAAGCUACACUGUUUAGUUUUUUCGAUUCAUCCAGAAAGAAAAAAACAAUACAGUCUCAGGAAUUGGACUUGUGUGUAAAUGACAUUAAUAAUAAUGUUGUAGCUAACACUGAGAAGGAUGCUGUUCUUAAUGAAAAUACUAUAUAUGAAAUUGACCAUGAAGUUCCAAUGGAACUGGUUGAUAGGCAUGAUAUUGAAAGUGUUGUUGGCAAUGAUGAUGGUACAGUUUCAGAUGUGUUAACAGUUGAAGAGGCAUGUACAAGCACUAUAUCAUGUUGGUCCAAAAAACAAUUUGAAUAUUUUAGCAAGUUGUUUCCAUGGAUCCAGGUUAAAAAUGGAAAAUUAGGUUGCAAUGUGUGUAGUAAGGUCAGAGGGUCUUUGGGAAUAGAAAAAGCUAAGGCAUGCCAUGUUUCAGAGGAGUGGAGUAACUUUUUAGUAAAACCAAGUGGCACCCUCAAAUUGAUUCAGCAGGCCUCUGUUCGCAAAAAAAUUAGAGAGCACAGUGUUUCUAAAUCUCACAAUAAAGCAGAGACACUUCAGAAUACCGCCAAAAUUGGCAUAUUAACAACAGCAAUGGACAGGCUCAAUGAGAAAGCUAUAGCUGCGACAAUUCAUAUUUUUAAUAUAGUAUACAGUUUAGCUUUAAAUAAUAAGCCUAUGGCUGACAUAGAAGGAGAAGUUCAAUUGCAGAAAAUUAAUGGUGUGGAUGUUGGAGUAGGCCUUCACUCAAGGAAAACUGCCAUUACGAUAAUUCAACAUAUAUCCUCACAAAUAAGGAAGGCUUUAUUUUCUAAAAUUGCCAGUUGUAAGAGCAAAUUAUGUGUCAUAAUUGAUGAAUCCUCAACUGUGGCACAGAAAAGUGUUUUAGUCAUCUAUAUUCGUUGUGAGCUUUCAACACAUCAGGAUCCUGUCAAUGUAUUUGUGGAUCUUAAAGAGCUUGACUCAACCACUGCUGAGGUGAUAACUGAAACACUUUUCAACUGCUUAAGUGAAAAUGGAUUUGAUAAAGAUUAUUUACAAGAUAAUCUGAUAGGAUUUUGCUCAGAUGGUGCUAGUGCAAUGCUAGGUAGCAAGUCUGGGGUUGCAUCUAGAAUUGUAAGAGAAUUUCCAAACAUAGUCAUAUGGCACUGUUUGAGCCACAGGGUUCAACUUGCUCUUGAUGAUGCAAUUAAUUCUGUAUCCCAAGUUAAUCACUUUAAAAUGUUCCUAGAAAAAAUAUAUAGCAUAUAUCAUGUAUCUAACAAACAUCAGUUAGAGCUUCAUAACAUAGCAGCAGAUCUAGAGUUGGAGAUAGUAAAGAUUGGUAGAAUCCUAGGUCCUCGGUGGGUGGCUUGUAGUGCUCGUGCUGCCAAGGCAGUAUGGAGAGCGUAUCCAGCUCUGUAUAAGCACUUUUCGAAUUAUAAGAAUUUCUUGGGAAUGAAGAAAAAAAUGGAAAACUUGUGUUUCCUAAAAGAUCUCGCUUUAAUGAUCGAAAUUCUUGAGGAGCUCUCCCUUUUAUCCCUUGCUUUACAAGACCGGGAUGUUUCUCUUGUCAAAGCAGACAGACUUCUUUGUCGGUGUAUUAGGGCCCUUAAAAACCUAAAAGAAAAUCCAGGGAAGCAUGAAGUUCAGAUUGAUACAAUGAUUAGAACAGAGCCAUUUAAAGAUAUUCCUUUCCAAGUGAGUGCUAAAAACACUGGUCUUCCAAGAGCACAGUUAAUUCAGAGCGUAAUAGACAAUAUGAAAAGUAGGUUGUUUUCCACUGCAAAUACAAGACAAAUGGACAGUGGUACAGUUGUCCAAAACGCAAGCCGCUACAAAAAGUUAUUGUCCUUGUUCUCUUUACUUGAACCCAAUUCUUGGCCAUCUGACCUCACACUAUCUCCGUGGCCAGAAGGGGAAUGUCAAUUAAGACAGUUAAAUGAACUGAUAAAAUGUAACAUUCCAGUUAAUGAUUUCCGGGAUUACAUAGACAACAGAUAUUUUUCAGAUUGCAGCCUGCCACCCUCUAUUCAACAAGCCAAGAAAAUUAUUCGGGUCAUAGCUGUCAGUAGCGCUGAAGCUGAAAGAGGAUUUAGUAUCAUGAAUAACAUUGCCACACAUGAAAGAAGCAGACUUACAGUUUCUAAUAUAUCACAUCUUAUGACAAUCAAAAUUCUUGGCAAACCAAUAUCAAGCUGGGGUCCGGAAAUAUAUGUUAAGUCUUGGUUACGGAGAAACCACCACACUGCCACAGACCUCAGAGUUAAAAAAAAGGCAGCCAAACAAUACGAUGAAAAUUCCACAGCUAUUUGGUCUUUGUUUUAAUGGGAUAGCAAUGGAGUUUAUUUGUGACACUAAAACAAGCACACCGUAGCUGCAGGAGUGACGUCACGAGCCGGCUCCAGAACGCGCGCACGCGAUCCCUUACCACUAGCAGUGCAGCGCUACCGGCCAGGGCGCUAGCAGCAUAAAAUAAGUUUCUCCCACAGCAUAGCCGCUAGUCAGCUGCAGCAAAAAUCUAACCCUGAGGUGUGCUUUGAUCGGGCACACAGCGUAAAAUCAGGUAAUACAGCUGUAUAGACCAGAUCUAAGCAUUUGUACAGUCUUUAUCUGCAGUGGUGGUUUGUUUUCCUUGUUUUUGGUACUGGUGGUUACCACGUGUGCAAAUUCUGGAGUUUAUUUGUGGCUUGGGCAUUUCCUCAUUGCCUGCUGAUAUAAUCUCUGUAGAAAGUGGCAGGUAAUAGUUCUGAAAGAUCUCAGUUCUUCUCCCUUUCAUUAUAUGCUAACACCUGACAACUUGUGUUUAUGGAUCACUAUAUUCAGCUUACCUUAUGCUUGUUCAUCCUUAUAUAUGUAAUCAGCGGUAGUUAUCCUUCAUAGGCACUUAUCCUACCACACCACAUUCAUGUACCCAGCUUGGCCCUUGGGCAGUUCAUUUCAUGUAUUCAGCUCAAUUUUUGGGUGUGUGAUUUAACCGUUCAGUUUCUUUUUACAUGUAUGUAUUCAGCUUGGCCCUUGGGCAUUUAACCUUAUGUACUCAGCUUGACUUCUGGAUAUGUAAUGUAAUGUAUUUUCAUACAUAUAUUUGUAUCCCACCAGGGUGGUGCUUUUUCUUUCUCUGUCCACCUUGUCUCUUUAACAAUGUUGAUAUUUAGUACCAUUUUUAACAUCGAAUGUGCUCCAGUUAUUUUAUAGUUUUUUUUUGCUGUGUUUAGGGAGCAUACACUCUAAUUAAUCUUCUUUGAGUAGUCCUGUAAGCCCGGCCACAACUAUUUAUGUUGCGCCAUGACUAAUGGCAGUUUAGGCAUGUGGGUU